GGCGCCGCAGCCCGGCGGUGUCAGUGCCACGGUGUCCGCCGGGAAGCGAGAGGCAAGAGCCGGCGGCCGCCCUCCCUCCUGAUCCCCGCGGCCAGGCCCCCGUAUGCAGCCCUCACCCUGGAGCGGCGGCGGCGGCGGAUCGAGGAGCUCUCGCGGUCGUCCCGGCAGCGGCUGCUGCAGUCGCGGGACAGGAUGUUCUCCAAGUUCACCUCCAUCCUGCAGCACGCCGUGGAGGCGCUCGCACCUUCCCUUCCAUUACAAGAGGAUUUUGUUUACCACUGGAAAGCAAUCACCCAUUACUACAUAGAGACAUCAGAUGACAAAGCUCCUGUGACUGAUACCAACAUUCCUUCUCACUUGGAGCAGAUGUUGGAUAUUCUAGUUCAAGAAGAAAACGAGAGGGAAUCAGGUGAAACAGGACCAUGUAUGGAAUAUUUGCUACAUCACAAGAUUUUGGAAACACUCUACACAUUAGGAAAAGCUGAUUGUCCUCCAGGAAUGAAACAGCAAGUUUUGGCUUUUUACACAAAACUUCUUGGAAGAAUACGGCAACCUCUUCUUCCCCACAUAAACGUGCACAGGCCAGUGCAGAAAUUAAUCAGGCUGUGUGGUGAAGUUCUGGCAACACCAACAGAAAAUGAAGAAAUUCAGUUUCUCUGUAUAGUAUGUGCAAAGCUGAAACAGGAUCCAUACCUGGUCAACUUCUUCCUUGAGGUCAUUCAGGAUCCUGUUUUGCACCUUUACAAGAGGCAGAAUAAGUUAAAAGGAAUGGCUUCCAAAGGAUCAGCAGAUGUAAUCACAGAAGACAUGAUAAGAGGACAAGACUCUUCGACAACAGACGUGGGACAGCCCAUUCAGCCUGAAGAAAUGCCCAGUGCUGCUGGUCUGGAGCAGAUGGAGAAGGAAUAUGAUCUCCCACAACAGGCAGAUGAGCUCUCUUUCAGUCUGGAUGAACUAAAUGUCGCAUCAUCACCUGGGUCUUCCACUGUUGGUCCAAAUCAAGACUAUAAUUUAGUGAAUUCUCUACUAAACCUCACUAAAAGUCCUGACGGCCGGAUAGCAGUAAAGGCCUGUGAGGGCCUCAUGCUUUUGGUGAGUCUGCCAGAACCAGCAGCUGCCAAGUGCCUGACUCAAAGCACUUGUUUAUGUGAACUGUUGACAGACAGGCUGGCCACCCUCUACAAAGCCCUGCCUCAGUCGCUGGAUCCCUUAGACAUUGAGACAGUGGAGGCAAUUAACUGGGGUUUGGAUUCCUAUAGCCACAAAGAAGAUGCAUCUGCUUUUCCAGGGAAAAGAGCGUUGAUUUCAUUUCUUUCAUGGUUUGACUACUGUGAUCAACUCAUCAAAGAAGCACAAAAGACUGCUGCUGUUGCUAUGGCAAAAGCUGUGCGGGAACGAUUUUUCAUUGAUGUUAUGGAACCCCAGCUGAUGCAAACGUCAGAGAUCGGAAUCCUCACAUCAACUGCACUAUUGCAUCGCAUUGUUCGUCAGGUGACUUCAGAUGUCCUGCUGCAGGAAACAGUUUAUUUUAUACUUGGGGAAAACAGAGAGCCAGAAACUUUGACAGACAUCAACAGACAUCCGUUGCGACACAGGUUAAUUGAGCACUGUGAUCAUAUAUCUGACGAGAUCAGCAUAAUGACUUUACGAAUGUUUGAGUACCUUUUGCAAAAACCCAGUGAGCACAUUCUUUAUAAUUUGGUUCUGAGAAAUUUAGAAGAAAGAAACUAUAUAGAAUACAAGCCUUUCUGUCAAGAAGAUAAAGACGUGGUAGAGAAUGGACAGAUUGCAGGAGCAGUAGACCUAGAGGAAGAUCCGUUAUUUACUGACUUGUCUCCAGAUAACACAUUGUCAACGCAGGAGUGGCUCAGUCCUUCUCCACCUGUCAGUCCAGAACAUCAAAAAUAUGAUGGGAAGACUGAAGUUCAUAAAAUUGUAAAUAGUUUCCUCUGUCUUGUACCUGAUGAAGCCAAGUCAUCAUACCACGUGGAAGGUACAGGUUAUGAUACUUACCUCAGAGAUGCCCACAGACAAUUCCGUGAUUACUGUGUCAUCUGUUUACGGUGGGAGUGGCCUGGAUCUCCCAGACCUUUGGAAAAGUGCAAUUUAGAAGCAUCAUUUUUUGAAGGACACUUUUUGAAAGUCCUGUUUGAAAGAAUGGGCAGGAUUCUUGAUCAGCCCUAUGAUGUAAAUUUACAAGUUACUUCAGUGCUGUCCAAACUGGCCUUGUUUCCCCAUCCUCAUAUCCACGAAUACCUUUUGGAUCCCUAUGUAAACCUAGCUUCUGGCUGCAGGUCUCUCUUCUCAGUUAUUGUCAGGGUCGUCGGGGACCUCAUGGUUAGAAUCCAGCGCAUCCCGGAUUUCACUCCCAAACUUCUGCUGGUCAGAAAACGCCUGCUGGGCUUGGAGCCAGAAGGGCCCAUCAUUGACCACAUGACAUUACUAGAGGGCGUGAUUGUGCUGGAAGAGUUCUGCAAAGAGCUGGCAGCAAUUGCAUUUGUGAAGUAUCAUGCUUCAUCUACACCAUAAGCAGCCUUGAUGAGCAGCCGGGCUUGUAAAACCACCCAGCUUGUUUCAGUCGCAAAGACUAUUGACAACACCCCGAUAAGAAGAGGUGGUGCCUCCUGGCAGAGUGUCAGUUGACAUUUGGCAGAAUGGCAAGACAAGUUGCUUUCACCAGAUGUUGACUUUGCAAGAGAGAGGGAUUCAAAUGGACCUAGAAUACGACUGAAGGAGUCUGGGGAGAAACCAGUACACUGCGUUUCUAGCCACCGUGUGAAGAGCUGCAAAAGCUGAAUGAAGAACCACAGACAUCAGACCUUGGUUAUUCUGUUGUAACGACGAUGUUUAGAGAAUUGGGUCUCUUGUAUGUUCUGGGGCUCACGUGCACCAAUUCGCUUUUGUGACCAUAUUACUUUUAAAAGCAAAUUAAUUUUGUAACAUUUUUAUCUCUUAAUUCUUUUUCUUUUCAGUUGGAAGGAAAUCACAACUAUAGAUACAUUGUAUAUUAUUGAAAAUGAAGAGGUGAAAAGAACCCUACCAAUCCAUAUACAGUAGGAUAUAUUAAUGAGGAGUCAUUUUUGUUCUGGUGAACCCUAAAGACAGCUCUGAGCCUCUUUCCCCAAUGGAUUAAUCCAAGAGAUAUAUCAGUAUAAAAUCAAUACUAAUGGAAUGAAUCCUGAUUCAGCAUCACAUCUCUAACAAAUAUAUCUGAAGCAUACAUGUUCCUAGCA